CAUUACUUUGCAGGGUUCCGUUUCAGGGGGGAUUGUUUUUACGAGCGGAACUGUCAGGAAUGGGGUUCCGUUUAACUCCUGAUAAUAUUUUUUUAAAUAAUAAUUUGUUAUUUAAAGUUAACGCAUAUUUAAAACGUAUAUUUAUCGAUUAACCCAUAGUUACAUUAUUUUGAAUAAAACGGCGACUAGUCCAGCCGUUAAAACCGUUAGAGGUGGAUCGGUUUUGCUCCACAUCGACAGCAAAGGUCGGUGCCACCCAAAAAAACCCGAACUAUUGCUUUAAGAAAUAACAUUGACCAUGUUACAGACCGCUGGCCGCCUGUCCAAAGCGCUGCAGCUCACCCUGGCGGUCAUCAAGCCCGAUGCUGUGGCUCAUCCUUUAAUAUCGGAGGCUCUUCACCAGACAAUCCUGGAGAACAACUUCGUAAUUGUCCGACGCAAAGACCUGGUGUGGAGAAGGCAGGAUUCCGAGAGGUUUUACGCUGAGCAUUCAGAGCGAUUCUUCUAUCAAAGACUUGUCGAGUUCAUGUCAAGCGGUCCAAUGAGAGCCUACAUUUUAGCCAAAGAGGAUGCGAUACUUCAGUGGAGGGACCUGAUGGGACCAACCAAAGUGUUCCGAGCCAGAUACACAUCCCCUGCCUGCAUCAGGGCUCGCUUUGGUCUCACAGACACCAGGAACACAACUCAUGGCUCAGAUUCUCCAGAGUCGGCUCGGAGAGAAAUCAGUUUCUUCUUCCCAGAUUUCAGCAUGGAGCAGUGGAUGGAGAAGGAGGAGCCUUUGUUCAGAUCAGGACAGAUCCGGUAUGACCAUGAAGACCAGAUCCACAAACCUGUACCACCAAGCUGACCCUGGAGGAGCUCAGCCCAGCAACUUCAGCUUGAUUGGAUGAGAUUCUAGACUCUGUUGAGAUGAGGGGAACCCCUGCUGAGUGAAAGUGCCAAACCGUUGUGAUGAAAAUAGAGGCAGCUGGGUUCAUGUCACUGCUAAGCUUUAUUUUGGCAGGGAAGUUUAAUUAAUAGUGACAUUUAAUUGAUUAUUCUUUGCUUAAGUUGUGAAAUCUAUUGUAAAUGUAACUUCCUGUCCUGUCUUUACCCGAUUUCCAGCAUUCAGGAUUAGAGGACUGAACUAUUUCACUUAUUACACAUCAAAUAACCCACAUUUUCCUGGCUGUGACAUCUCAGAUGUUAAAAGUCUCUUUUUAAAAUAUCAGCUAGAGUUAAAACAGACUAAUUGAACCCACUAAUCAACAGGCAUAUUCAUUGUAAAAGCCAUCCUCUUUUUAGGAGUGUUUUUAGCUGUGAAUAAUGCUGAAAACGUGUUGAAUAUUUAUUGAAAAAUUGUGUAAUAUUUUUUACAGAGAAAAGUGCCUCAGAAAUUGGAAAUUUGGAUCUUAGAACCAAUGGCAUAAUUGUUAUAAUAACCAGUUAGCAUUCCUAAAGAGUGACCCGUACUCUAUAUAGUGGCUGAGCAUUUCCCUAUUUUCCCCUUUGCUUCUCUCGUGUUUUGGUGUACAAUUAUUUGCAGAUUAUAUUGCACUUCUAUUUAUUUUUUGCUGAGAAAGAUUAAAACAGAUACAAUAAAUAUA